AUGGCGCCGCGGGGCCUCACCUUUACGGGCCUGUUCGCAAGCGUCAUGGUUGCCCUCAAGCUCAAGGAAAACAUGGAUAACUAUAGUAAAGUUGCGACGGAAGAGGAUGGUCGAGUCGCUCUUUCGGCGCCGCCGUCUUACCCAGUCAACUACCAAGAUGCUGAAGGUCAGAACUCCGAAGGCAUCCGCUUGCUCGACACAGAAAUCGGCGUUCCAAGGCCGACGCGUCGAAAGACUGGAUGUUGUGUUUGUUGUGGCAUGGACUGUACCUUGUUCUGGAAAGCCCUUGGAAUUGUCAUCGCUAUCUUGGCCGUUUGGAACGCCGUUAAGCUCAUCCUCUGGGCUGUUACACCUACCCCAACUGGUCUUGAGCAUAUGCCCGUGUUCAGCACUUCUCUGGGUUGUGUUGACGCCGAAUAUAUCUACUCGGCUCAACCAACCACGUUUCAAGUUCCUAUGGGCUUGAACAAUGACCACGGCAUGGAUGUCCGUGGUGGUUGUGUCGGGACAAUUCUUUUGCUGGAAGGCGCGCCGACUUCGACCAAGAUCAAGUAUGACUUGACUCUCCGCGCAAGCGACAAGAAGUUGCUCGAUGAAGUUAUUCUAGAGCACGCCCCAGACCAAGACGGGGCCAUUAAAGACAGCCAUAUGCUCCUGGUCACUGCCCAUCCUACUGCCAAUGCCUGCAUCCGCUAUGAUAUGCGAAUAUUUGUCCCUCCGACACUCAAAAAGUUGCGUGUUGGGGCCCACGCUCUAACCCAUGUCCAGUUCGACCCCAACUCUUUCAUCCACCUUGAAGACUUCUUCGUGACCCUUUACACGCCACACAGCACCAAUAUGAUCAUUCCACACAACAACAUCCGCGCCAAUAACAUGGCCCUGGAGGUUUUCCAGGGCUGGAUCGUUGGCGAUGUUGCGCUUGACGGCGCCACCAAAGUCACCACUCAACGUGGCGCGGGUAUCAUGAACAUUCGCGUUCACCCAGCUUCUGCAGAAGACCCUGCCACACCUGAAGCGGUCAGUCUCAGGACAACCAGUGGCUCUGGCCGCAGCGACAUUUUUUACGUGGACCAUGAGCACGUGCACCGCCCAAUGAGCAAUGUUCACAUGUCCUCAAUGAAUGCGGACAUGUACCUCACCUAUAAAGACGCAAAUUACCGUGGGCGUCUUGAGCUCUCAUCGAAAUCCUAUACCGCCACGAAUCUUCAACGGUUCGAUAGCGACGACACAGAGGACAAAAAAUGGACUCAUUGGUAUGGGGAUCAGCAAGGCAAGGACGAAAUCAGUAUCAAGUCGAGGGGCUGGGUGGGGGUAUACUUUUAG